AUGGAAAUGAAGAACGUCAUCGCUCUAGCAUUCAUCUGCGCCAUUAUCGCCGCCGUCGGAGGUCAAGUCCUAACUGCUUCCCCGAUGAUUGUGCCUCCUUCGACUGUCACAACGCCUAUUGCUUCACCAACCGUAGCACCGCCGACGAAGUCUCCAGUUUUUGUUCCUCCGAUGGUUUCUGUUCCUACUCUAGUUAGUUCACCACUAGUUGUGGUGCCAGUAAGUUCUCCUCAUGUUGUGGUGCCAAUGAGUUCUCCUCCACCGGUUCCUGAACCAGUGAGCUCUCCUGCACCAGAGAUUGCUUAUACACCUGAAGCUUCUGCUCCAGCUUCGAGUAAUAAGAAGACGAAGAAGAAGAAUGCUCUAUCGUCGUCGCCUACAGGGGCACUUUCUCCUGCACCAAGUGGUGACGACUCUCCCUCUUCUACUUUUUCUUUUUCGAUUUCGCCUCUUAUGGGGUCCGAUUUGUUGUUGUUGUUCGAUAUGAAUAAUAAUUGUUUGUCUGGUUUUAUUCCUUUGGAAUUAGCAAGGUUGACCAGAACAAGCUUUCCAGUGGGAUGCCAGAAGAGAUUGAUUGCUAAAGCAGUAAAUAUUGCUAAUGAGCUAAAUGCUAAUGUUACUUGGUCAUCAAAGUCUUUUCCAAUCGAAUUAGCCAGAUUACUAUAUUCAAUAUUGAAAUCAUGA